AACGCGUUUACUUUGUAGAUCAUCGGUUUUGUUUUCAUAUUUGACUGUUAAAUAGCACUGAUAGCGCGAACAACGAGAACAACGACCGAGCUGAAGCUAAGGUUAGCUACUGUUAGCCCAGCCGUCGUCAUACACUCAUUAACAUGAGAACCCGACCUCACUGGAAUGAGAAGCUAACGUCGCUAGCUCGAGAAACAUCCGUCACAAAGCAGGCAUCCAGUUUGAAUUUCCACAAUGGCAGAAGGAGGAGAUGUGGAAUGGGAGCUAAGCAAAGAAAACAUUCAGCCACUGCGACGGGGCAGAGACGUAUCGGCCUUACAUCAGGCGCUCAGUCAACAACAGGAUGGACUGAGCUUGGCCAUCAACCAGCAGAGACAGGCCUUUGAGUCUGAACUGCGAAUGUAUGACGGAGAUGAUCCACUUGAUGUUUGGGAUCGGUAUAUUAAAUGGACAGAGCAAACUUUCCCUCAAGGAGGAAAGGAGAGCAACCUCGCCACAAUAUUGGAACAGACCGUGACCAGAUUCAGUGAGGAAAAGCGAUAUCACGAAGACCCUCGCUAUGUUGAACUCUGGAUCAAAUUUGCAGAGAACUGCCCGGGGCCCUUGGACAUAUUCAGGUACAUGCAGGCUCAGGGAAUAGGAGUGACACAGGCAUCGCUCUACAUCGCUUGGUCUGAGGAAUAUGAGAAUCAGGGCAACUGUCGCAAAGCAGACCUGGUCUACCAGGAAGGAUUCAAGAAGUGUGCGGAGCCGCACAAUAAGCUCCUGCAGUUUCACAAGGCUUUGCAAGCGCGUGUGUCCCGCCAGGUCAUGAUGAAUGUGGAGGAGGACGAUAGUGAUGAUGAGCCUCAACAACCUGAGAGAGUUUCUCUUGCCGACCUCAAACGCAGAGGAAAGAAAAAGGCCAUCGCCCCCAUCAACAGAGUGGGGUCUUCAAUCAGAAGUAUUUCUGGAGGCAUGCAGUCACAUGGUGCCCCUGUCCUCGGCAAUGCUUCAAACAGUCCGUUGGUGGUGUUUGACGAGAACAAUGCUCAAAGUGCUGGUCCUUCAGAGCCCAAGUUAGAGUCUUGGGCGGCCCCUCCCACUUCCAGGGCAAAGGAGAAUGAGCAGAAGCCGGAAAAAUGGUCUGAGGUCAAGAUCCCCCAGAAAUCCAAAUUCGGACAUACUGUUAUGGCCCCACCGCCUCCCAAACCCGCGUUUCAACCAUUUGUUGAGGAGUCCGACCAGCCUCCAGCAAUGACUCCUUGUAAGAUCAACCCGGCAGUGAACACAGUUUUAUCAGUGCGUAAACCCCGCAAAGAAGAAACUCCUCUCAAGAGACUACAGGAGCACCAUCAGCAACAGAAGGAUGCCGAAUCGGGGAAACUGCAGGAGCAGAGUAUGUACUGUAAAGAGCUGCUGCUCAGCGGCGCCGCUGAAUUCUGCUUUGAGGAACUGCGUGCCGAACGCUUCUUCAAAAAAGUAACCCAGGACGUCAGUGCUCCAAAGGAUCCAGCGAGUUCCAGUGCUUCAAACUGAUGCACCUAAAAACACUAACAUUUGUAUUGUAUUGUUUCUCCUUCUUUUCUUGAUGGGAUUUUUCAUUUCGACAAAAUAUUAUCGGCAAGUAUCAUGUAGUUGAUGCAAUGUAUGUUUAUCCGUGUGUGUGUGCUUGCGUGUGUGUAUACUGGAUCUCUAGAAACUAUAUAUAUAUCGUUUCUAGAGAUCCAGUUUCUCAGAGAAGAAAAAGACCAUCUUAGAACUGAAGGCACAGUUUUUUUGGAUUCCUUAGAAUAUGACAGUGUGACCAAACAAUGGAAACACUGGUUCAUGUAAUUUAAUCCAUUACAGAAUACCGAAAACUAAUAACUUGAAUAAUCAUUUACACAAAUUUAACAACAUAAAAGUAAUAACAUAUUCUUCACAGUAAUAUUUAAGGGCUAUUGUCAUUUCCCUGCUCCUUGUAAUUACUAAACAGACGUGAUGCGUACCCAUAAUUUCCUGCUUCCUCUAGUUGUCUAUUUUUCCUACUUGCUUUGUUCUCAAGAACAAUGUUUUGCCUUUUUUUAAGUUGAUCUGUCCUUUUCAUUAUUUCUUGAGCAGAUGUUUUACAUGAGGUUAUUGAUCCAGGUUUAAUGUCUUAGUCUGAGUGAAAUGUCCAUUCUAGGCCGAGUAUUGUCGCUGUUCAAUAAACUUGUUAAAAUGUC